AGUCUUGUCGAAUCCAGGUCAUGCGCAAGAUUCAUAAAUUGGAACACAUUUCACCAUAGGCACACUUUUCACAAGAAAAGAAAGGAGGCACCAGGAGGGGAACUUCGCUUUCGGAUUUACAGUACCCCGAACAUUGUGACGAGUUAUGGAUCUGCUAAGAAAAAUUAUUCUCCUGUCCACGCUUAUCAUAAUUGCAAAUUCGGCCCCGCCGACUUGUUAUUCGGCGGUUUUGAAAUUAAGCAAAGGAAUUAUGAUGUCGAUGGAAAGAUUAGAGAAAUUUUCUGUCACGAGACAGUGUCUUGCCCAUUUACCCAAGCUCUACAUUAAUGUGCACAACGCUUGUGUGGUGAUGAAGCUUCGCGAUCACAUCUAUGCUUUGGAAAAUCUCAUCAUUCCCGAAUGCAGGGCAUUAAAACGGAUUUCUUUCCUGAAGUUUCGAAUUGAGCGCCUGCAUAAUAUGAUCUCCAGACUCUGCCAUCGGGAUCUUGUGUUCUAUGUUGACGAUUGCCCGGCACUAGAACGCCCUCCAGAACCUGAAGAAGACAUCGAGAAGUAAACCCUCCCGCUUUACAGACUGAGUAGCCUUCAGAUGUUCUGUAUUAAUACAACAGCUUUCCAAUACGAAAAAUACCUACUGCAUUAUUAUAACCAUAGAGCUUUCGUACCCGUAGCGUAGGCCAAACAUGGAUUAUGCCGAACAAGACAUUUGUAUACGUUGUAUUCAACGAACUAAUUAGCUUAUAUGUGUUAUAUUAUGAGGAGUGAGUUGUGGUGCGGCGGUGGACCAAGACUAUUUUGGUCGGUUGGUUUGGCUCGGAAUGUACAAACAUAAACAAUGCGAGCAAAAUAAAUUACCGUAUUUCCAUUUACAAUAUAUUCUUGUCUUGUCAAUUGUAGCGUUGUUAGAGAGGUUGUAUCUACUCAGGAGGUUGUUGGUCCUUUGUGGAAAUGAUUGCUUUUUGAAUGUCUAUUAAAUCACUCCACACUCUAUUUUUUCAUAUCCAUGUACUUUUAUUUUCAGCAUGAUAUACAAAUGUAUUUUCAAAACCAUUAAUACAUCUGCUUUUAUCAAUA